GGGAAAAUACAUACAAUGUCAACCGGGUGUGUUGUCUGCCGCUCGCGAAAGGUUCGGUGCGACCGCAAAUCGCCCACAUGUCGCAAUUGCGAUCGCCUGGGGGUGAAUUGUCCAGGUUAUAGUGACACCACGGCAAUUCUAUCACAGAAAGAUGGGUCGCGACAGCGACUUCAAGAUUCAGUGGAUUUCAUCUAUCGGGCAUCAGGGGUUGAGAAGCGCAGAGUUGGGUCUUGUGAUGAAUGUCGUCGAACAAAGAGUCGUUGCUCUCGCACACGACCUGUUUGUAAACGCUGCACGAGGAAAGGGUUUACGUGUAAAUACAACGCCAAGUACGACGCGUCUGUUGCCGGCACCUCUGCCACUGUUACUAGUCAGUCGCCGCAGUCACCGUCGGCGGCAGAAACCAGCAUAUUAGCAGCCACUUCAAAUGGCCGCGGCAUCGCAUCUACACCUGGUAGCCAAGCUGGCACGAUCUCUAUGCCUCUAUCAUCAUCAAUACCGCAACAUUUACAAUGGCUCUAUUCAGAUACCCUGCCACAAGACAAGUUCCAUUUACAGUCUCUAACUGACAUGUUCUUUGACCGGAUAUCCACUCUUCGGUGUUUAGGGUUUAUCCAUAAACCAACCUUUUUUCAGGCACUGGACAGAGGCACGCUGAGUGAAGAUUUUGGAGAGGCAGUCAUCUAUAUAGUUGCUGCGCUUGGAGCUAGAAUGUAUCUGCUAGAUGAUCCAGAUCAAUUCAAUAAUCCAUUUUAUGGUAUUCCUGGGGUUGCGUGGGCUGAACGAGCCCGAGAUCUUGCUAUGCGAGAGAUAGCAAAUCCCUCUCUUUCAACCAUGAUGGCAAUGGUCCUCCUCUGCGAGCAUUCAGUUUUCAUGGAUCAACAUGCCUUGGCAUUUGUCAUCUUUGGAUGCUGUGUCCGCAUUAUGAGAUUACUCGGCUUAGACUCUCUGAAAAAGGCAGCCGCUCCAUCAGGCCUUGCUCAUAUGACGCAGCUGGAAACAGAAAGACGACUUCUGUGGUCUUGCUACCUCAUGGAUAGCUUUCUUGGUGGCGGAGUAGACGGGAACCUGUACUGGAAAGACGAUUUUCCAUGCGUACCGCUACCUUGCUCUGAUGCGAGCUUCAUCGCCCAGGAGCAAUAUGCCGACUUUGAACCUCCAAAGCUGAGUACAUUCGAGCUCUACCCAGAUCGUAGCUACCUUACUCUUCGCUGCCAUACGAUAUAUCUUGUACAGCUGAGAACGCGGGUACUCAGACUCAUCAGAAAUAACAACCAGGAAGUCAACAUUUGGGAUUCCGGAUCUCCGUUUCUCGAUAUCAUUCAACGAUUAGAACUUUGGUAUGCCGGUUUACCUGAGCAAUUGGUGAUAUCCGAUUUCAAUGUAUACAUCCACAAAGAACUCAACAUCAUUAGUGCUGUUUUCAUGCUGCAUUUUCUUUACCACUCCAUUGUUUGCGAUCUAACGCGAGUUUCGCUCCCGGGAUAUGUCUUUCCGCUAUCAGCCGCGUUCCAUUCUUCUCCCCUGGAAUUUCGCAGACAAUGCCAAGAGCGAUGUCGAUUUCAUGCGGAUGAGAUAUCACGACUUGUUCACGCGGGGUUCGGCUACGGCAUCCGGGCUUUCGAUGAUUUGCACAGCUUAAUGGCCACAUUCGAGUCAACCAAGAUCCAAAUCAUUCACACUGCGACAGCUACAUCCAAUUCCAUCGACAUAAGAGAGCGAACGAGCAAGAAUAUUCGUUUAAAUAUGCGAGCGCUGGAUAUUCUUUAUCUGCAGAAGGAUAAAUCGAAUCCUUAUCACAAAGCCUUGAUACCAUUAUUGGAGAAAUUCGACUUCAACAACGUUGUGGCCGAAUGGCAAGCCUAUCCAAGCCCAAUAUCAAUGAAUUCGGAGCAAGCUGAAGUUACAGGACCAGAAGACGCCGCUUAUUUGAGCAGUUUGGCCCCAUUCCGCCUCGCAAAAGAAGAGAUUCGCGCCCAGGUACGACAACGAAGAGGAUCUUCUCCAGCAGGAAACGAGUUGCCAGAGUCUCCAGCAACGGUCCGCCCACCGCCCAUCAUCUCCUUGCCUCAAAAAGACGCCCUUGGCGGUAUUAACUGCGCCAGCGGAAACGCCGGCCUGCUGGGAAGCGCAGAUUUUUCUCUAGACCAUAUGCAGCUAGCAUCUACAACACAUCCUACACCUCCUAGCGCUACUGGCCAGGACGUAACGGCAGAAAUUCAGGGGGGAGUAGCGAAGGACAUGGUUGGCUUGUCAGACUUGGCAGAAGACUACAUCCGCAUGGCAGGCGAGAUGGCCAACUACAUUUCUUGGGACAUAUCGGAGCCACAUUCAUGGUUAGAUUUCGACAUUAGCUCGAACAAUAUAUGACAGCCACGUCCACUUCAUGUUGAGGACGAGCGAGAACUGAAGAUUCAGGCCUCUAAUAAGCAUAUUUAUAAUAAGCUUGAAGAGCGGAAACAGCCUACUUAGAUACGGCUGACCUCUCUAUGAC